UUUGCACAGGGGUCUCUCACAGCUCUCGUCCGAGAGUGGCAGCACCUCAGCUCAGCUAUACUCAACUCACGGUCAGCACUUGUGUGUGCAUGUGUGUAUGUGUUUGUGUUUGUGUGAGUGUGCAUGUGAACACAUACGCAUCUGGAGUAUAUGAGUGUGUGUAUGUGUGUGUGUGUGUGUUUGCGUGCGUAGAACCGUGACUACAGACAGGCUCCGUGCUGGGCUGUCAGGAGCUGCGUGAGAACCUCCCUCCUCUUUCUCUCUCUCUUUCUCUUUCUCCCUCCUCUCGAUCGCUUCUCACCUUCUCCGCUCACACACACUCAUAUUCAGUCACUCACAAACACCACAGUGCAGCUCAGUUUGUGAGUUUGCAUCUGCUUCUGUCCCCAUUUUUUGGGGACUCUUUUUCCUGAGACAUUCCCUUGGUGCAUUUUUUUCUUUUGUUUUGUUUUGUUUUAUAUUCAUCGUUUGAUGGUGGCAGUUCGGAGAGCUUCCAGCAGAGAUUGAGAGCGUAAAGGGGAUUGCUACCUGAAGUUUGCUACUGUUUCUUUGUCCCCUGGGGAUUUUCUGAAUUUCUAAAACACUGUUGAGCUUCACCCGAGGAAACGGAGAAGAUUGCAACGGAGGGAGCGUGAAACGAGUGAACAGCAAAAAAGGAAAAUAAAGGAAGGACGAAAAUAAGGAAGGAAGGAAGGAAGCGGGAUGGCCCAGCAAACAGCGGCCGUGGGCCACCAGGACACGCUGGCCGUGCCGCCCAUGCCCAAGCAUGCGGGGCUGAACGAGGACCUCGUGAAGAUCCUGCGUGAGAACCUGCUGCAGCAGGAGCGGCCCCGGGGCCACCGGCGCUCGCCCUCCUCCAUCUCGCCGCGCCUCUCACCGCGCAACUCGCCCCGGCUGCUGCGACGUAUGAUGCUCAACAACAACACCCACAAGCAGAGGCGUUUCACCGUGGCGCACACAUGCUUUGAUGUGGACAAUGGCACGUCGUCGGGACGCAGCCCCCUGGACCCCAUGGCGAGCCCCGGGUCAGGCCUCAUCCUCCAGGCCAACUUCGUGCACAGCCAGCGACGGGAGUCCUUCCUGUACCGCUCGGACAGCGACUAUGAGCUGUCCCCCAAGUCCAUGUCUCGGAACUCCUCCAUUGCCAGUGACAUUCAUGGGGACGACAUGAUUGUAACUCCAUUUGCACAGGUUCUGGCCAGUUUGAGAACUGUACGGAACAAUUUUGCUGCAUUAACUAAUGUUCAAAAUGAAAGGCCCUCUAACAAGAGAUCGCCCAUGUGCAACCCACCAUCCAUUACAAAGACCUCAGUCUCAGAGGAGGCCUACCAGAAGCUGGCUACUGAGACCCUGGAGGAGCUGGACUGGUGCCUGGACCAGCUGGAGACCCUGCAGACCAGACACUCGGUCAGCGAGAUGGCCUCCAACAAGUUCAAGAGGAUGUUGAACAGAGAGCUCACCCAUCUGUCGGAGAUGAGUCGGUCGGGGAACCAGGUGUCGGAGUUCAUAUCUAGCACAUUCUUAGACAAACAGCAUGAGGUGGAGAUGCCAACUCCUCAGACGCAGAAGGAGAAGGACAAGAAGAAGCGGCCGAUGUCGCAGAUCAGCGGCGUCAAGAAACUCCAGCACAGCUCCAGCCUCACCAACUCCAACAUCCCCCGCUUCGGCGUCAAGACGGAGACUGAGGACGAGCUGGCCAAGGAGUUGGAGGACGUAAAUAAAUGGGGCCUUAAUGUUUUCAAAGUCACAGAGUUUUCUGGGAACAGACCGUUAACAGUCAUGAUGCACUCGAUAUUCCAGGAGAGGGACUUGUUAAAAACGUUUAAGAUUCCGCUAGACACCUUCAUUACCUACUUAAUGACUUUAGAAGACCAUUACCACGCAGAUGUUGCCUAUCACAACAAUAUCCAUGCUGCUGACGUCGCCCAGUCCACUCAUGUGCUGCUAUCAACACCUGCCUUAGAGGCAGUCUUCACAGACCUUGAAAUUCUCGCUGCCAUUUUUGCCAGUGCCAUUCAUGAUGUUGACCACCCCGGUGUCUCAAACCAGUUCCUCAUCAGCACAAACUCUGAGCUGGCUCUCAUGUAUAACGACUCAUCGGUGUUGGAGAAUCACCACCUGGCCGUGGGCUUUAAGUUGCUGCAGGAGGAGAACUGCGACAUCUUCCAAAACCUGACCAAAAAACAGAGACAAUCCCUGCGGAAGAUGGUCAUUGACAUUGUUUUAGCGACGGACAUGUCCAAGCACAUGAACCUGUUGGCCGAUCUGAAAACUAUGGUAGAAACCAAAAAAGUCACCAGCUCGGGAGUGCUACUUUUGGACAACUACUCCGACCGGAUACAAGUCCUACAGAACAUGGUACACUGUGCCGACCUCAGCAACCCCACCAAGCCCCUGCAGCUGUACCGGCAGUGGACCGACCGCAUCAUGGAGGAGUUCUUCAGUCAGGGCGACCGGGAGCGUGAGCGCGGCAUGGAGAUCAGUCCCAUGUGUGACAAGCACAACGCCUCCGUGGAGAAGUCACAGGUGGGCUUCAUCGACUACAUUGUCCACCCGCUGUGGGAGACCUGGGCUGACCUGGUGCACCCGGACGCCCAGGACAUCCUGGACACGCUGGAGGACAACCGGGAGUGGUACCAGAGCACCAUUCCCCAGAGUCCCUCGCCAGCCCUGGACGAGACGGAGGAUGGCCGACGGCCCGGUGGAGCCGCCGAUAAAUUCCAGUUCGAGCUCACGCUGGAGGAGGAUGGCGAAUCGGACACGGAGAAGGACAGUGGCAGCCAGCCUGAGGAGGAAGAUGAGGAGGAAGAGGAGGAGGAGGAGGAGGACAACAGCUGCAGCGACUCUAAAACUCUUUGCACGCAGGACUCAGAGUCUACCGAGAUCCCCCUGGAUGAACAGGUAGGGGAGGGGGAGGAAGAAGAGGAGGAGGUUGAGGGAGAGGGAGAAGGGGAGAGUUCGGACCCCUGUGUUUUAGUGGAGGAGGAAGAGGAGGUGGAGGAGGAGGACAACGAGGUGAAAACCGCCGACACGUAACACACAACACACAGAAGGCGCUCAAGUGACAUUUUUAUCUAUCCACAUUCAAACAAAAGGAGUCUGAGUUUUUAUUUAUUGUGUUGCACUCCUUUUGUGUAGUGUUUUUGUUGGUUUUCUAUUCUCUGUUAUGUUUUUUUUUUCCUGGAUAAUAUAAUGCUUUCAAUGUGUAUACAGUUCUCACCUUCGCUCUGGUUUUUACUGGUUACCCUAUGCCUUCUGUCACGCUUUUCAAGUCAAUCCCCACCAGUUUUGCACUCAGGAAAAUCAAUUUCAGUCCAUUCCAGAUCUCAUUGGUUUGUUUCUCCUCUUGACUUGAGGAGAAAGAUAACAAUUUCAAAUGUGUGAACAUAUUUCUUAUUUAUUCUGUGCUUCACCAGUCACCUACUGUAGAUGCUGUCCAUUUAUGUUUCCUUUUCUUCGUUGAAAAGGAAGGCAGUAUUUCUGUAUUUCUAGAAAGAUCCUGCCAAAACUACUUUAGAGACUGGUUGUGUCUUGAAGCUAAGGUGCAAAUAAUGGGACAGGGGUGUGCUUUUUGAAAGCAUGUUUGAAAGCAGUGAGAAAAAGGCUACUGAUUGUGAAAGGAAAUUUACCCACAUACCACACUUUGUGAAAGUUAAACAAGUUCAAGUCUUCCUAGAUAUCAACUGAUCCUUCACUUCUUCAUCCUCUUAAGUUGUUCUUGUAAGGUUCAGCUAUUUUAACAUAUUUUCUGUCAUCAGUGAGGUAACAGACUGACAGACUGUCAAAAUAGAUACACUGCUCCAUUAGCCACUACCUUGGUUUUUGUUGUUACCAUGGUUACAGAGGAGCAGAAUUUUGCACUUCUAUAAAGUAAACACUCCCUUUGUGUCAGCAUUAUCCAUUCAUGUAUCACAUGGGUGAUUUUGUUAAGAACUCAAGUCAUGACAGAUGUGUAGAUUUUUCUGGCACAUUUUGCCGUUUUUACAUUUGUGUGUGUGUGUGUGUGUGUGUGUGUGUGUGUGUGUGUGUGUGUGUGUGUGUGUGUGUAUGUGUGCAUGUGGGGGGAAAAGAGUGAUAUAAUUGAUUGAGAGCUGUCACUGCAAUGUCACUACUGAUCAUCCCCAUGACAUUUGCCGAUGCAGCUCUUAAGCUCGAGAAUCUCAAUGCUUAAGUGCACCGCACAUCGGCACCGGCAUGAGUACGUCGCUCUCUGCUUUUGACGUUACAUUACUUAGAUUCCAUAGUUUUCAAUACAGCUCCGCACACCACCAACGAACCCUUUUGCACCGCCGUGCUGAUAUGAAUUUACCAUGGGAAUCAUAGUCACCAAAUGGAAUUCUCAUUGUUACAUUAUCAAUUUUCAUCAAAACAUCAGACAUCAGUCUCAGCAUGAAAUGAGAUAGUUGGCCAUGGAUGCAUUGAGCCACUUUUGCCAAAUUUUUCUUUUUGUAUUCUUUUACCUUUUUUCCAAAAUUGCCAAAAUUUUCUGUUUUCCUCUGGGCUUGAAAAAUGCUGCACUCUGACCAGCCAACCAUCAGAUUUAUUUUGUGACACCUUUUGCUCUUAUAAGUACAAGUAUCAUUUCAUUGUUAUCAUUACCUUUGUUUGGUUGCAUUUUUUGUAUUUAUUAUUGUUUUUCAAGUCAUUAUUCUGUUUUCAGUUUUUCUAUUGGUUGUUUGUCUGAUGUGCUGUUGGCAUACAAUGCAGUACUGUAGACCUGUAGCAUUAUUAACACAGCAGAAUUGCAAGUGACUGUACCCAAAUCUUUUUUUAUUUUAUUAUCCACUGUAUAAAAAGACAAUGUACAAAUUUGUAACCCUAGCUUAUAAAAAGUCCUUAUUUUUAAAUAAUGUCAUCAAUGUGUUUAUUUAUUUCUGGUUUCUUUGUGCCAACUUUCUUUCAUUAUCACCUGACAACCUUACUUUCACAAGAGUAACUCAUUUAAUCUGUUUACAAACAUGUAUUUAUUGUGCUGUAAAAUAUAAUGUAUA